GUACGAGAGACGCGGCUACAGUAUCACUUGUCUUCUCACAUCAAAUUGAACAGAAUUGAUGCUCUCAGAAAGGCAAAGGAAAGAAAAAAAGACAGAUGAGAGAUGCAUCCAGCUGUAAAAUGGACUUUGCUUCUUCUUCUUGGAGGUUUGGUGACGCAAGACUGCCUUGCAUCUAAAGCAGAAGACCGCCUCUUCAGAAAGCUUUUCAGGAGGUACAACCAGUUCAUCAGACCAGUGGAAAAUGUCUCAGACCCUGUAACGGUGGAGUUUGAAGUCUCCAUCUCACAGCUGGUCAAAGUUGAUGAGGUCAAUCAGAUUAUGGAAACAAAUUUGUGGCUCAGGCAUAUCUGGAAUGAUUAUAAGUUGCGUUGGAUGCCGGAUGAGUUUGAUGGAAUUGAGUUCAUUAGAGUUCCAUCAAACAAGAUUUGGAGACCUGACAUUGUUCUCUACAACAAUGCUGUCGGGGAUUUCCUGGUGGAGGAUAAAACCAAGGCACUGCUUAAAUUUGAUGGUACCAUUACCUGGAUUCCUCCUGCAAUUUUCAAAUCCUCCUGCCCUAUGGACAUCACCUACUUCCCUUUUGACUAUCAGAACUGCUCAAUGAAGUUUGGCUCAUGGACCUAUGACAAAGCCAAGAUUGACCUGGUGCUUAUUGGGUCUAAGGUUAACCUUAAAGAUUUCUGGGAGAGUGGCGAGUGGGAGAUCAUUGAUGCUCCAGGCUACAAGCAUGACAUCAAGUACAACUGCUGUGAGGAAAUCUACCCGGACAUCACUUACUCCUUCUACAUCCGCCGCCUGCCACUCUUCUACACCAUCAACCUCAUCAUCCCCUGCCUCCUCAUCUCUUUCCUAACAGUGCUGGUUUUCUAUCUCCCGUCUGACUGUGGAGAGAAGGUCACGCUCUGUAUCUCCGUCCUGCUCUCCCUCACUGUAUUUCUACUCGUUAUCACCGAGACCAUCCCCUCCACAUCUCUGGUCAUCCCGCUGAUUGGAGAGUAUCUGCUCUUCACCAUGAUCUUCGUCACACUCAGCAUUGUCAUUACGGUUUUCGUCUUAAAUGUGCACUACCGCACCCCUAUGACCCACACGAUGCCCGGUUGGGUGCGCUCAGUGUUUCUCAAAGUGCUGCCGAGGGUUAUGUUGAUGCGGAGACCAACUGAUGAAGACAGCAAAGCUGGAGGGUUGGAGAACAGUGGGGAGGCAGGAGGAGCUGGAGGGGGAGGAGGAGGCGGAGGAGCCAAGAGGAAGAGUAACUUGACGCAGCAUGUAGGAGGGGGUUCCCUAAAUUGUCUGGAAUUUGGAGACAGUACAUUGCCCUCCAUGGAAGGCUGUGCUGGGAAAAAAUGCUCUUGUCCCUGCCAGCAUGAAAAGGAAAGUCCUGAUUCAACAACAACUGGAAAAACGACACGUCAGCUGAGUCCAGAAAGCAUAAAUUCAGUAGUGGCCUUCUCCGUUGUGUCACCUGAGAUCAAACAGGCCAUCGAGAGUGUUAAGUACAUCGCUGAGAACAUGAGGAGCCGAAACAAAGCCAAAGAGGUGGAAGACGACUGGAAGUACGUCGCCAUGGUGAUAGACAGAAUCUUCCUAUGGGUGUUUGUGACCGUGUGUGUCCUGGGGACAGUGGGCCUCUUCCUCCAACCACUUUUUGGAUUUGUUUCAUAACCCUUCACCAAAGAAGGUUCACUGCUACCCCGAAUGGCUAAUUCUGAACAAAUGAUCCAUUUGAAGACCAAAAAAAAAAACAAAAAAAAAACCAACAAAAAAAGCAGGAGUCAAAAAGCCCUCUUAAAGCAACACUAGGUCAACCUUUAUAAAAUAUUUUCAUAACAUUUGUGAUGAUAUGUCGUUUAUAUUUUGAAAGGGUAUAUAUAACUUUCAGCAGCACUAAUGAAUUUUGAGGGGGGUGUGCAGGAACCCUGCCCCAAAAAAACAAAACAAAACAAAAAAAUACAAAAGUGCUGGCUGCUUUACAGCAUACAUCCCUUUCCCCAUUCAUUAUAAAGACGGAAGUCAAAGCAAACGCUUUCGUGCAAAUUCUGCAAAGAUGGCAAAGCAACAAAAGAGACAAAAAAGUUUUGUCUGAGGAGGAAAAAAAGGGAGGCUACCAGGAUACUCAAGAAUAAACAUUGGCCUGGCUUUCACUCGCUGGCGUGAUGCAUCAACCAAACUCGUCAAUGGUGACGAGUUACCCACACUAAGCCACAUGGUUGCCAACCGUCAUAUCUUGUUGUUUAGCCACAACUUGAUUCAUUGCCUUAUUAAUAUUCGUCCUUCACACAGUCGCUGGAAACAGAUAUGGCGUUUAAUCAGUCAGCAGGCAAAUGGGAGAUUGAUUUUUGACUGAUGGAUGAUUUUACGACACAGUGUGGGUGUGUGCUGGUCCUCAUGGGAAUCGCAGCCUUCUUUAGAGCAAAAGUUCAGAAUUUUUUACAUGAAGCUAAAUCUUUGAGUUAGCAGGGGUUUAAUUAGUGUGUGGAGUUGAUUUCAACAAAUUUUGGGCAGUUUGCAAGUUAUUUGUUAGUUUCGGGCUCUGGAGUGGCUAAGCUAGCACGAGUCAAUGGCACCUUCAUAGCAUGCUAGUAAAAAAACGAUACAGAUCUACGAACAGAUCCAACGUAGUCAAAUAAAUUCAAAACAAAGAUCCUUGUUCCAAAACACCCAUUCAGCCAAAACAAUGUCACACCAAACUGCUGUAAUUAAUUUCAUUCUGCAGGACUAUUUUUUAGAUGCGUAAUACGACCACAAUAAAGAGGAGUGCUUUGGCCACUAGUGCUCACGCUGCAUUCGAGGAAGGUGGGAAGUCGGACUUACCCCGCUCGGAGGGUACCAGUUGUGACCUCAAAGCGUUCUAAGUGAAUGUAAAUAGCAAAGAUUGGUGAUCGCAGCAAGUUGGUUUAUUAUUUUGGCCAUCAAAAGACAUUUUGACCUCCAGCAAACCUGGAGGCCUUGCAAUGAUAUUUUUCUAGCUCUGCGGUUGGAAACUCUGACUUCCCACUUUCCUCGAAUGCAGCAUCAUCUUCCUGAGUUAACUGACGGCGGGCAACAUGGCGAAACGUGCAUUUAGAGGCUGUGGAAAGAGACAGACCUUUGCCAAUAGGCAAAGGCAAAUUUCCACAAAUUCCCUACGAAGAAUGAGGAACAAUAUAAACUGGGUACUUGCUGUUGGCUUCAACAUGAAAAAUCAGUGGUGAAAAGAAACGAUAUAAUAUCACUCCGCCCUGCUCCUCUGCGGAGCUUCUAGAUUACAAAUGUUGCUGUUCAUACGGCAAUUAUUGACAUGCAAUGGUAAGUUUUAUUAACUACCGUAAUUUCCCGAAUAUAAGGGGCACCCGUGUAUAAUGCGCACCCCAAAUUUACUUGUAAAAUCUAGGGAAAAUGAUGUACCCGUUUAUAAUGCGCACCCUAAUUUUAGCACCAAUAAAUAGAAGAAUACAAGAAAACAGAGCUCGUGUGCAGAUACAGAAAUGUCAUUUUACUGAUUGGUGAAACAGCACAAGCAUAGCAUAUUGGUAGUUCAAAACAUUACCAUAAAGCUGACAAUAUUUACGGUAAUAAUAUGAUUUGACAACUUCUCCAACUUACUCGAAUCUAGGAGAAAACAAAACAGAUGUGACUUUUCUUUUAAAGGCUGCUGUAUAACUUGCUCGUUUCAUCAUGAUGAAUAAAUGUUUCUUCCAUGGAUUGAUAUGGUAAAACGAAAGUGAGAACGUAAGUCGGAAAUCCGAGAGCGCUCAUCGUUGUCGACACGACAGUAACAAUAGGAACUAUUGUUAUUUGGGUUUGACUUUCCCGAGGGACAGAUAUAGUUGACGGACGCACACAGGAAGUCUGUUGUUACGUUUGUUAUGGUCCGAGUUGCGGACCUGCAAUAGACCCUACUCACGUGACGUCACAGCCACGCCCCCGCGCCAUGUUGUCCGGAUACUAGUCAUGUUAAUGCAUUAGCGCUUCGUAAAUUCCUCCUAUUAUGGCGUGUUUUUCUGCUCGUUAACAUUAAUAAUCAAAAUGGUGAAGUCGUGUGUGGCGGUCGGUUGCAAAAACAGAGAAGAUAGACGGAGAGACUUGAAUUUUUACCGUAUUCCGAGAGAGCCGAAGAAGAGACCAAGAUUGACUGCUGCAAUUCGACGAGAAAACUGGGCUCCAAACGACUACCACAGAUUAUGUAGUAGUCAUUUUAUAUCUGGUAAGAUGCAUUUAAUAUAUAUUUAGAGGGUUUUGGGCUGACAACCACAAUUAAGAUCAUUGCUAGGCUAAACGCCGACAACAUACACUCAGACGUUGUGAAUGAACUACCUGAAAAUAUAUAAUUAUAAGAAGAUAAUCAGACAGUUGUCAUACAAUUAAUUUACAAUUUCACUAUUGAGGUCAAAAGCCAAAAAAUAAAUUCAACUAGGGACAAUCUGGAGUAGUGCUAUCGCACUUCAUAUUUAUUACGUAUUAUAUAGGUAUACAGUGAGAGUGCUAUCGCUAAACCAUAUAAACAUUAAAAGCCCUAGCUCCAUUGACAAAUGAUAUGAAAUACAUUAGAAUUGACAGUGGAUGUUAGCAAUAACAAAAGAUUUUGAAUUGAAAAUUUCGUAACUCACCUUCCAAGCACAAGAUUCCUGCCGAAUUUUCGUGUACGAGGACCUGUUUCACCCAACCAGCAACGUAGCAUUUAUAAGCCUCCAAGCUCUUAAAGUUUUUCAAACUUUCGUGAGAAUAGGCUGAUUUUGUGUGGACAAGAUAGUUGUAAAUAUCGGGAUAUCAGAUGUCAGGCGCAGCCAGCGUGUCGAAAAACAUCGAUUUAGGCAUCAAAUACGGAUCUGGCGAAUGGAUAAACUGAAGCUUUUCCACGUAACGCCUUUUAUGCAACGGAUCCAAUGAGUUUACAGCGUCAGAUAACACCGGGGCUUCCAUGAAUUGCUCUAUAACUUGCUCGACUAAUUGAAAACAAUGAGAAUAGGUCUAAAAAAAAGGUACAAUAUGGCGGCCGGAAACAGCGACACGCCCAUUUUGUGACGUAGGUGAGUAGGGUCUAUAAACAUUGACUCAAAUGAGUUCAAGAAACUAAAUUCUGUGCUUUAUGAAGAGUAAAAAAAGCAGAAUUUAACACAGACGAAAUCAUUCGUCCGAUCAGAGUGAAGUAUUACCAAAACAAAAUGGCGACGUCACGUAUUGUAAUGGUCGGCAAUAUAUCGCUGCAUACGUUUCUUCAACACAACGUGGCCAUGUCAAUAAAAAUAUAUAUAUUUCUGUCUCCAUCCAUGUACCCAUUUAUAAUGCGCACCAUGAUUUUACAAGUUGAUUUUGGGGAAAAAAAGUGUGCGUCAUAUUCGGGAAAUUACGGUAUAUCCUGAAAACACAGCCAACACUAUUAAUUGCAUGGGUCAUCGAAUAUCUUCAUGUGUGCAUACGUUGUUUUUUUAUUGGCAUGCUAAGAUGUUCCAAUUGAUUCGCGCUAGCUUAGCCACUCCGGAGC